GAGAAGGAUUGUUUUAACCUAGCGUCAAAUGGCACUUUUGAAAAAAGCUUGCAGUUGAAGUCUCGAACUUGAAAAAUGAAGACUAUUGAAGACCUUGGUGGAGACUGAUUGACCAGUUUUCUUAGUCCCCUUUUGCCAGUGCAUUUUUGAACUGGUUCACCCUUAUGCAUAAGUUUGUGAUGAAGACAGCUAGACUUCCAUUUGAUAUCCUGGCCUCCUCAUGUUUCUGCAUUGUUCAUUUUGCAGUGACUUUAAGGGGUAUUGAGCAUAAUCUUAAGCAUUUUUAUGACACGCAGAGGAUUGAUUUUACUUGAACCCUAUAGUAAAAUGACAGGGAGCAUUAAUCCUUAUUCACUUUUAAGGUUGUAUGGGUUGGUAUGUAUGGCGAUGAGUAGCUUAAACAAACUGUAUAGCUUCACAAAAAAUAAAACAUGGUAAUUAUUUUAUCAUCUCUACAAGUGGGGAGUACAGUGGUGGCUCUUGUUCUUUCUAAUAAAGCCGAAACAAAGCACGCUUCUUGUCAUUGAUUCGAUGAUAAUGCACUGAAGAGCUUCCACUUUGGUGGGAUUUCCAAAUUUAUGGGUUUCCACACAUUCUGCAGAUAUUAUUAUAUUUCAAUUGUCCCAAGAUUGUACUAAUAAUUAGAACCAGCUUCUGUGAUCAGUUGCUAUAUACAGACGCCUUGCUCUCUGCAUUUCUUGCAAAAUCCAUCUGGUCUUUCCCCCUAGUCCUCAAAAAAUGAGCACGUCAGUGAGGAUGGUUCUGAUGUUUCUGGUGCUCAUUUUUGUAACCCUUGUGUCUGCAUACAAUGCUUGCCCUAAAUGUGGAAGCAUUGAACUUCCAUACCCACUUAGCACUGAUGAAAGCUGUGGAGACUCAAGGUAUAAAGUCUACUGCAACAAUGGCGUUCUCGAGUUCUUGUCAGCUGGAGGGUUUUACUACAAGGUCCUUAGCAUUAAUCCAAGUUUUUAUAAGCUCAUUAUAAGCCCACCCUCAAUACAGAAAAACACAUGUUAUUCUUCUGAUUUCACUUCAGAAGGCUUAAGACUUGAUGAGAACUUGCCCUUCAACAUCUCUACUCACAACACUGUCAUGCUGCUGAAUUGCACUGAAGCCCUGCUUAGGUCCCCAAUGAAUUGUUCCACAAACAGCUUUUGUAGGCAGUUUGAGGAGAAGGUGGAGGAGGGAAGUGGGUGUCGAAACACCCUUUGCUGCCAUUACUUGAAAGAUUUUUCCAUGACCUCACACAUGAUUCGGGUCAGGGAUGGAGGGUGCUCUGCUUACACCUCUGUGGUGGAUAUGAAGCCUGGAGCUUCUUUUGAUUCUUGGAACUAUGGAAUUGAGCUGCAAUGGGUGCCCCCCCAACUGAAUUGAAUUGAGUGGCAAAUGGCUGUCAUUGGCCGGAAAAAUUAACAGCAUUUCGGUUACUUUAUAAUUUGUUGCUUUUAUGGUAGAUGUGAGCCAGUUAUCUACUGUUAGUUUUUGGUGUAUUAUGAUUGGUUACAAGCCACAUCGAACCCGAACAUCAUGUGUUGGAAACUUGGAAUAAUAAACCCAAGUAUCUAUGUUU